AGCUGAUUCCCCCCAUAUCCUCCUCUUCUUACUUCUGAUUCUUGCCAUCUUUUUUAUUCUGUUCAUAAAGUCUUUCCUUGGUGUUUUCCAUUUCAUUCCUCUCGGUUUGCCCCUCCUGAGAACAGCUGUAUGUUGACAGGGGUGUUCGCUGGCCGAGACACCCGCGGCCUCACAAAGAGAGGAGACCCAACUUCACCUUUACCAACUGAACUGGAAACAUUACCCUCCACCUUUAGACCUGAUCGAUUUGGGCAAGACUCAUCCAUAAUUACCAACUCGUAUUAUGAUUCUCACCUCCCGGACAACAAGUGAAGGAAAAAACGGGGACUCGACACCAUGGGCACCAUCGCAAUCAUCGCCGCCGUCAUCCUUGGCAUCUCAUUCAUGACCUUUGUGGCCUUUUUCGGCAGACUACCUGCACUACGAAACACUCCCAUCUCCUUUCUCCACCGCCUCAUCUGGAUUCACCUCCCCAAUGGCGUCCUCACCGUCGACCGCACCUUGACCAACGGGCGCCUGACCACCUCUCUCACCCGCCUCGGCCGCCACCUCUGGUACGACCAACACCCGACCAUCCUCAUCUUCUUCUUCCUCUUGCUUUCCGUUGGCGAAUACCUCUACCUACCCGUCGCCUGGCCUCACUUCUCCUUCACCCACAAAUUCUUCGGUACCAUCGCCAUCCUAUGUCCCUAUAUCUUCCUCUACCUCUCCGCCUUCACCGACCCGGGUGUCAUCAACGCCAAGACUCAUGUCCGCGAAAUGGCCCGCUACCCUUACGACUUCACCCUCUUCCACCCCGGCACGAGCUGCGAGACGUGCCGCCUCCUGAAACCCGCGAGGUCGAAACACUGCAGUAUUUGCAAGAAGUGCGUCGGGAGGAUGGACCACCACUGUAUCUUCAUCAACAACUGCGUCGGGGCCAACAACCAGCGGUGGUUCAUCUUGUUGCUGCUCAGCACGGCCAUCCUCACCCUCUACGGCGGGGUUCUGGGGCUGGUGAUUAUCCGGGCCAAGAUCCAGGCGAGGUUCCCCUACUGGACGUUGAUGCCGUGGUGGACUUCCACUCAAGCAUGGAACAGCGGCGACCUGGAUUUUCAUCGGUGGUUGCUCCUCUGGAGCUGGGGCCUACAGUCGGGAGUGGCCAUGGGGGGCGUUACCUUGUUGGCGCUGCUGACGACGCCGUUGGUUUGGGGGUUGCUGGGAUACCAUUUGUGGCUGGUUUAUUGUGGGACGACGACGAAUGAGAGUAUGAAGUGGCAGGAUUGGCAGGCGGAGAUGGAUGAGGGCGGGGUGUAUAAGCGGCGGAUGGCGGCGGAUGGAAGCAGGGAGAAAGACCUCAAGGUCGAGCCGGCGUGGACGAGGUGGCCCGUUGAGGCGGAGCAGAUUAUGGUGAGGACGGAGGAUGGAAAGCCCCCCAGGUCGAGUCAUCGGUUGCCGGGUGAGGGAGAGUGGGAGGCCGUUUGGAGGUUGAAGGAUGUGGAGAAUCUCUAUGAUAUCGGGUUUUGGGAUAAUCUUGUCGAUGUCUUCUUGCCGUAUUUCAUGUUCAAGGAGUCAAAGGGUAGGAGUCCUGUUGACGAGCGCGAGUUUGGAAGGGAGAGAGGGAGAAGUAGGAGACGGAGUUCUUGAGUGGUGUUUUGAGAUUUGGGAUACCCAUUAGACGUGUUGAGAGCAGAUAGAUGCUAGCAACUAGAGACCAAAACGUGUUUUUCACUUUGUCUACGGGCAAAAUGAGGAAUGAGUUUGGUGAUGAUUUUCAUACUUACAUGUUCCAAGGGGUAUCAAGUCU